CACAUAUACACACACACACACACACCAGCUCACCACAGAAACACACAGAAACACACACACACAGUGGUGUGCAAGAGGCAACACCAUUCUAUGUGUUCCAUUCUUCCUCUGUUUCUGCCCAGCGCCAAUAUAUGUGUGUGUGUGUGUGUGUGUGUGCGUGUGUGUGCGUGUGUGUGUGUCUGCCCAGCGCCAAUAUAUCAAUGGAAAAUCCGUCCUCGUGCUUCCUCCGUUAGACGAGUGUGCACCCGUGAGGAGAGUUCAGAUGUGUUCAUUUCCCUGCGCGUGGCGUCGCCAGGCUGUGUGGGUGUGUGUGUGUGUGUGUGAAGAGUGAGGAGUGUUUAGUUCUCUUGUUGAGAGUGUGUACAGUUGUGUAGUCGGUGUCUGGUUCGUCUGGGCAGCUGUCUCGCGGAGCCGAGGGGCGCUCAAUCUGCAGGUGUGUGUGUGUGUGUGUGUGCAAGGGGGGCGUGAUAUGUGUGUACGCCUGGCAGGGUUGGCGCGUGACAUGAAGACGAGAAGAGCACUGGCUCUGGUCGGUCGCGAGCAGCCGGUAACUGGUCUCCCCGUCGCCACUGGUCGUUAACGAUCAUCUGAACAUGCAGCGCGCGAAGGGAAGGACGUGAAUGGGAAAGGAGGAGGACUUCGCCAGUUUCAUAUUCCAUCUGCGUCGCCAUGGAGAUGACCCCACUUCCUGGUCUGCCGUGCUGUCCCUGAACUCCGACCACUGAUAUCCCAGGAUGCACUGCUCUGUUGUGGCUACUGCUGCAGCUGAGGCUAAUGCAGCAUAUCUGCCAUAGUUACGGCGACCAGAGACCUUCAUCAUCAUCACCAUCAUCAUCAUCAUCAUCAUCAUCUUCCUUCCCACAGGUGUGUGUGUGUGCAGACGUAGGCGAACGAGACAGAGACAGAGAGAGGGAGAAGAGUGUGUGUGUGUGUGCGUGACCGGCUCCAACACUCCAUCUCUUCCUGGAAAAUGGCGGUGAAAGGCGGCGCCGCCCCCCUCCUCUGGCCCCUCCCCUUCCUGUGGGUUGCCGUGACGUGGUUGCCGCCGGCGGUGACGGGCGUGCAGUCGAGCGAGCGGCGCGUGGUGGCCCACGUGCCCGGCGACAUCAUCAUCGGGGCGCUGUUCUCCGUGCACCACCAGCCGCCGGCGGACAAGGUCCACGAGCGGCAGUGCGGCGCGGUGCGCGAGCAGUACGGCAUCCAGCGCGUGGAGGCCAUGCUGGCCACGCUGGACCGCAUCAACGCCGACCGCCGCAUCCUGCCCGACGUCACGCUCGGCUGCGAGAUCCGCGACUCCUGCUGGCACUCCGCCGUGGCGCUCGAGCAGAGCAUCGAGUUCAUCCGCGACUCGCUCGUCGCCGCCGACGACCCCGACGAGUGGGGCCCCAACGCGGGGCCCCUGGGAGGAGCUUUUGGGGGCGGGGCUGGGGGCGGAGCUGAGGGCGGAGCUGAGGGCGGAGCUGAGGACGGGACCGGUAUGCGGUGUACAGAGCCCGGGGCCACACCCAUGCGCGGUAAGAAGCCAAUCGUGGGCCUGAUUGGACCGGGCUCCAGCUCUGUGGCCAUCCAGGUGCAGAACCUGCUGCAGCUGUUCAACAUCCCCCAGAUCGCCUACAGCGCCACCAGCAUGGACCUGAGCGACAAGAGCCUCUACAAGUACUUCAUGCGGGUGGUGCCCUCGGACGCCCAGCAGGCCCGCGCCAUGGUGGACAUCGUGAAGAGGUACAACUGGAGCUACGUGUCCGCCAUACACACAGAGGGGAACUAUGGCGAGAGCGGUAUGGAGGCCUUUAAGGAGAUGGCACACAAGGAGGGGAUCUGCAUCGCCCACUCCGAUAAGAUCUGGAGCAACGCGGGCGAGAAGAACUUCGACCGCCUGCUGGGCAAGCUGCGGGCACACCUGCCCAAGGCCCGCGUGGUGGCGUGCUUCUGCGAGGGCAUGACCAUCCGGGGCAUCCUCCUCGCCAUGAAGCGCCAGGGCCUGGUCGGAGAGUUUCUACUGGUGGGCAGGUACAGCCAAAUUUCGAACUGCCAGUGA